UCGAAUGGGACACACAUGGAACGAUUAGCGAGAAAAACGAAGAAAAAUCCAAUGGUAGUCCUGACGCAGUCAAACUUGCAACUGAGCAACCCAUCUCUCAGAAAAAAUCUGACCUGUGAUCCCAAUAUCUGCACGGAAUCAAAAUUGAGUAAUGCCAAAGUAUUGCUGACUGCAAAUACAAACAUUGGCUCAAAGAUUCUGACAAAAACAAACCCGCUGAAAGCUACCUUAGAUUAUCCUAUUGGACGAAGUUAUACACUGAACCACAGGCUAUCUGGAGGCCUAUCAUCCAACUUGCCUGGAAAAUUUUCAGUUAAAAACAGUACAGUACUGAGCAGCGGGGAUAGUGGCUUGAAGCAUCAACUCGAGAAUCCUUUGCUUUCCAGCAGCAAAGCGGCUCCCGGACUAGCUGGGAUUGAGAACAGUUCAAAUAAACUGAAAUCGAACUUGAACUCGAAUUUGAAACCAGAGUUAAAGUGUUUUCAAUGCCGAUCAGCCUUAGAGACAAGAUUGAAAACGAGGGCUCUCGAAACGCGUGUAGGUAUCGAAGUAGUAACUCAUAGCUCUCUGGUCUCAGGGAACCUACAGGGUUCCAAUCUUUCCGAUGGGAAAACCACUACUCAGAAUCUGCCGACGUCGGUCUUGUCGCAUGAGAAACUGAUAGAGAAACCUCGCGUGUCAUUCGGUGGUCCUAAAGAUGCUCCCGUGUUAGUGGAUUUAGAUGAUUUUUCAUCGGAUGCUGUUCAAAUAGACGAGGAACGCAGGUUCCAAUUUGAGAAACCGAUCUUCCCUCCUUUGAAUGAGUCGAGGGACGCAGAUGAAUCACCGAUACAGGCUCUUGAUAAAAUCAAGAAAACGCUGAUAAACACAAUCAGCGGAGCUCUCAUUGCUGCUCCAAACUUCACAAACCCAGCUGAUGAGGCUGUGAUCAAUAUAACACAGCAGUUGAACAAAAUUGCGAGAAGUCAAGACCCUGAAUUUAUCCUCAAGCUUGCUUUGUACUCGAGACAGCAGUUGAAUCUGAGGACUGUGAGCAACUUCUUGCUUGCCUACAGUUCCUACGAACCAGCAUGCAGACCCUACCUGAAGAGAUACUUCAAGAAAAGUAUCGUCCUACCAACAGACUGGAUUGAAGUGGCAGAACUGUACCAGAACUAUGUGAGUAGUCCGAAGGCGAGCAAACAUGGAAUGGUGUCGGCAGCACUGAGGAAGGCUCUUAUUGAGAAGUUCCCGGAUUUUGACGAAUACCAACUUGGAAAGUACAACAAACAGAAGAGAGCAAAGAAAGUGACUACCAAAAAAGUCAAGGGGAAAGUGGUCAAAAUUGUGCAGACCAGUAACAAUGGACAGAAGAAGAAGUUCACCCUGAAGCAGUUGAUAAGAAUGACUCACAUCACGAAGCCAGUGAAUCAUGUCAUGAGCAUCCUCGGCAAGAAGUAUCCAGACAGUCCAGAGGAGUUCAACAAGCUGCAAAUGACAGGUGUCUUUGAUUCAGAGAAGGCCGGGAAAAGGAUGCGACUGGCUACUCCCGAAACUUGGGAGACACAGGUGUCCGCAAGAGGAAACAAAGCAGCGGUGUGGGAGGAGCUACUCGAUCAUAACAAACUCCCAUUUAUGGCUAUGUUGCGUAAUCUUCGUAACCUGAUCAAAGCGGGCAUUUCAGAGCAACAUCACAAGAAGGUCGUUCGAAAAUUGAUGGACGAGAAAACCAUUAUCAGGAGCCGACAGUUUCCUUUCCGAUUUUUCUCGGCUUUCGUGGCUCUUGAUGAUCUGGUGCAGGAACUCGAAAAGGCCGAGAAGGAGCAAGAUGCACCGCCUGCGCCUAAAAAGCCGGUAAUCAAGAAAAAAGUAUCAAAAUCGCACAAGAAGAAAACGUAUGUGACCAAGAAACCCAAACCACUUCUCUACAAUCGAACCCAAAUCGCAGCUUACAAGAAGGCUUUGGGCAAAAGUGUGAAGAUCGCCACCAUGUACAAUGUCAGCCCUAUUCCGAAUAAGACGUGGAUCUUCUGUAAUACUUCAGAUAUCAUGUACAAGCCAUGUACAUCUGCAAGGGCAUUCGGAAAACCCAAGGAGAUGAUUGAAGUUGGAGUUCUUCUGGGUCUAAUGUGCCAACAUGCAUGUGAGAGCAGCUCAUUCAACAUCUUCCACGAAAAUGGACUCGAACACAUCCCUCUUAGCAAAGACAACAUCUUGGAGAGGACCCAACGGAUAUUGAAAUUGGCAGCCACGGCGAGUGGAAAAGCAUUGAAUGAUGAUGCAUCCACGGCUGUCUCCGUUCCUCAGAGGGAAGAAGCGAAGUUUCCGGAAGAACUCUUGUGGGAUCUGAUCAAAAAGAACCAAAAGAUAGACAACCUGGUCAUUCUCACGCGUGAUAUCUCGCAAGAAAAAACCCAGGAAAAUGUGAUCAAUAGUUUCUUAGUGAAAUAUAGACGAUUGGUCAAUCCUAACUUACUGUUCGUAAAAGUCGAUCUCUCUGGCGCAUCAACCAAAAUGAAACUAGGUUCAUCUGAGAGUCCUCUAGAUUCCAACUACGGCGAUGGCAACGAGGAUGUGCUCUUCGAGCAUCCGAAUGAUAUUUGCAUUGCUGGGUUCUCGGAACAGUUGUUGCAAUUCAUAGCAGAGAGAGGAAACAAUGCACAGUUGCAACACGUGUCGGCCAUUGAUAAAGCGUACGAGUUGCACAAGAUCAAAGUUCACAUUCAGGAUUUGCCGACCGAGGGGUCGGAAAUUGGCGAGUCGACAAGCACGGAAUUGUCGAGUCGCGUGCAGAUUGCUAAUGUUCCCAAAAUUAUAGGAUUCAGAAAGGUGCGUAUCUUCAUUUCGUCCACUUUCAAGGACAUGCAGAUGGAGAGGAGUCUCAUUGUGGAGUCCUUGAUGCAGGAACUGAGGAAGAAGUUGUCCCAUCGACUCCACCUCAUUCUGGAGGAGAUCGACCUCAGAUGGGGAGUGGUGAAUUCUGAAAACUCCAGCUCACUGGCAGUCUGCUUGGACCACGUGCAAAAGUGUCACAUUUUUGUCGGACUGGUCGGCAACAGGCUUGGCUUUUGUCCCAUGCACUACGACGUGCCACUUCUCCAGCAAUUUGAUUGGCUGAGAAAUGAACCAGUAGGGAAAUCAAUAACAGAGCUAGAGUUCUUGCAGGCGCGUCAGUUGAACAAACCGAUGGUUGUGCUCAUGCGUGACAGCGAUGGAGACGAUUCAAUAUCUGCUCUCGAUGCGGAAGUGAAAAAGCAGUAUGAAUUUCGGGACCGAGUGCUGAAUAUGCACAAUGAGCUGGUGGAACUACGCAGCUACGUAGAGAGGGAUGAGAAGAGUUUUGGGAUGUAUUUCAUCAAAGCAUUAUCGGACUUGAUCGAAAGUGAAUACUCAACGAGUAUCGAAUAUGAGCAGAAAGAUUCCCAUGCAAAAUCUAAUGAAGAACAAAAACUGGUCUUGGAACACAAACGCCUAAAUGCAGUGGGAAGAAAUCAACUUGUGAAGGAUGCUAAGAGGGCUAUAAAGAAACUAGCUGCAUCUGGCAACCAGAGAAACACUGCACUGGCCACGAGUGAAGAUGAAAAGACGUGGGAACCAAGAGGGGCAGUGUUGUUGAUCAAGGGAGAAGCUGGCAUUGGGAAGACUACGUUUAUGGCUUCGCUUAUUAAGGAAUUCGAAGGAACAGGAGGGGAUGAAACAUGUUCAGUGGAGACCGGGUUGUUCUACCAUUUUGUGGGGGGUGCAGAAAGUGUGGAAUCAAUUUUGACCCGCUUGUUGAAGAACUUCAAAAUCGACUUCCAUCUUGAUGACAUGGAAGUUCCACUGAGCUCCAAUGAGCUGAGAAAGGAAUUCCUGAAGUGGCUGCAGAUAGUUGUGUCACUGUUCUCCCUAAAGAGACAGAAGAGACCUUUCCUGCUUUUCUUUGAUGGACUCGAACGGAUGUGCUCAAAAACUACCAAAAGCGGUGGCGUCACAUAUUGUAAUCUAAACUGGGUGCCCAAAGUUCUUCCUAAAGGUUGUGUCUUUGUGCUCAGCGUCAGCUCCUCUGGACCUCUUCACAAGCGAGCCGAGGAAUUGGCCGAUGACGUCAUUUCAAUAGGGGAACUAAAUGUCGUGGACAGGAAACACCUGGUGCAAAGUCGUCUUAGUAACUUUGGCAAACACCUAGACACGGCUGCUUUUAAUAACCAACUGGGACAGCUGGUGUCUAAGAGAGACGCCUCAAAUCCGUUGUAUUUAACAUACGCGUGCGACGAAUUGCGGAUGUCCGGAACCUAUGAACAGCUGAAUGCGAGGAUCAAGGCCCUUCCGCAAACUGUGAAUGCUCUUUUGGAGUCAUUUAUCAAGACAAUGGAGGCAAAAUUUGGAAGUUAUUUUACAGCCGCUGCUCUUUUGCUGCUUCAUUUGUCUCCCGCAGGUGCGCAUACCAAGGAUCUGUGGCACAUUCUUAGUGUGUACAGAAUGGCGGAUUUCGACCUGAGCUCAAAAUCAGUGGCGGACUUGCAUGAGCUCUUCGCGAAACGUGUCUCAUCUAUAUCAUACUUGUGGUUCUCAAAACUAGCAACCUACCUGAAAUUACUGCUCGGAACGUUCGGUUCUGAGCAAACGGAAUCGGAUGAAAGCAGAGUUGAUUGGAUGCAAAUUGAUACCACGAUGUUGAGCGAUGUUAUCGAAAAGAAAUAUCUCUCAAAAAUGGACAAGUUGCCAAAGCGUGUUAUGUUCAACAAAAUCUUAGCAGCUUUCCAUCUCUUCCGCGCAUCAAAUGGAAAAUCAGUCGAGGAAAACGAGGAGGAACGGGGGGAUAUCUGGACGAUGCCGGAAGGGUCUUGUUACUCUCUCAUCUUGCACCACUUGCAAAGUUGUGGUGAUUGGAAGCUGCUGAAGUCAUUGGUUGUGGACCUGAACUUUGUAAAAGUGUGCUUCGAGACGGACAGUCAUCAUAAACUGGUCCAGUGCCUCAACUCGACGGAGGACAGUGCUGCAUUGACGAGGCCGAUGGCCAAAGAGGCAGAUGCGUUCUUGAAGGACCCAAGUGUAGUGGCCGUGCGAAACUUUGUUGCCAGCAAUCUACACAUUUUUACUCGGGUUCCUCAUCUUGUGUAUCAACAAGCUUCGUUCUCGCGCGAAUUGCAGGCCCGCGGAGAAGUUGAUGUUCGUUGCUUCGAGGCUCCUUCUCUCGAUUGCUCAUUUUAUAGCUUCGAGUGGAUCAACAAGCCACUCAGUGGGUCGGACCGAGUGUUCUCUGUCAAAGACUUCUCAGUGCCUAUCGUAUCUCUCGAUGUUCUGGAAGGGACCAAUACACUAGCAGUGGGAGUCAAGGAUUGCCGUGUGCUCAUCUAUGACACCGAAACAGCUAAGAUGACGAAUGAGCUGAGUGGCUUCAUGAGUCCUGUCUCCGUGGUGAAGUUUGUCUCCCGGGACAAGAUGGUGGUCGGAACAGACGGAGGACAACUGCUAAUGUACUCAGUGAACGACUGGCACAAGUUGUCAUCGUGGAAGAAACACGAGCGCAAAGUAGUCUCGGUAGCCUGUGACCCUGCCGGUAUGACAUUCGCAACAGUGGGAUGGGACUGCACUCUGAUGUUGUGGAAUGUAUCUGAUGGGAAACUAGAGAGUGAAGUGGAGAGGGCGUCUCCGUGUGCCAUUAACUCAGUAGACUGGCAUCCCAAUAGACCUCUUUUGGCCAUUGCAUGUUGGGACUCGACGAUCAAGUUGCUCAACACUACCUCCAAAACUAUGGAAUAUAGCUACAGAGGCCACUCAGACUCAGUGAGGUCAGUGGUGUUCACCCGUCCUGAUGGGUCAAGACUCAUUUCUUCAUCCCUGGAUGGGCAACUCAGACUGUGGUCUGUGACCGAGAAGUGUCUCCUCUGUAUCAUGGACUAUAUUCCUAAUGUGACAAUUACACAGCUGCGAAUUGUUAGAGGCGGCCAAAUGUUGGUGGGAACUGGCAGUGACGGUCAAUUAAGGGUAUGGAGAAGUGACCUGGGCAAAGAGAUCACAGCUCUAGACGUGAGACAACAAACUCUGACUGAAGACAAUCCGUCUAAUGCGGUUGUUUCGAAGAGUAGUAGACGAGAGGACACUCAGGAUGUCUCCGUGAAGAGUGUUGCAUUUUGUAAAAACCAGACGCUAUUUGCUGUGCUUCUAGCUGACGGGAACAUUUCAGUUGCAUGUGGCUCAACUUACAAGAUACUCAAGUCUACCCGAUUCCCACAGGAUUUCAAAGCCAUUCUUCAAUUUAUAGAGUGGAUUGAUAACUCGCUUUUAAUCGUAAGCGAAAGACGUCUCUUCAUUGCAUACUGUUAUCCUAAAACCGCUUCACGGCCUAUUUCUACGUGGCCUUUCAACUCAGAUGUUGAGUUCACUGUUGAGAAGAUAGGCGUGGCUACAGAGAAAACGAAGAAAAAAAGCUCCUCCAGUGGUGUCCAGUAUGAUUUCUACUCCUCUGAGAAGCAAACUUGUCUGGGUGUUGGAAUAGUACCAGUUAAAGAGAAAAUUUUCUGGGUUGUGAGUGUGGGAUCCGAGUAUGGAAAUGUGGACUUGUUCAAAGUGGAGUCUAGCCAAAUUUCAAGUCGCGAUGCGAGUGAUCAUUUUGCACCUGUACACCUCGAGAGACUGUUCACUGUGCAGAGCGCCCAUGAGGGACCCCUCACCCAUUUAGCAUUUGUGGACCGUACUCUCUUCUCAGCAGCUAAAGACAGGGUAAGUGCAAAUUUCAAGCGGCUCGGAGGAGCCGGCAAACCGCCUGAAAUUGAUAAUAGUACACUAGGUAAAAUCAGCCGAGAAAAGAAACGCCGGGUUUCUUGA